AUGCGGAAGGAUGGAGUGAAGAAGACAGUGCAGCAGCAGAAGUUGCUGCUGCAGCAGCUUGAUGCUGCUGUGCUGCUGCUGUCUCAGCAGCAGCAGCGGCUGUCGCUGCAGCAGCGGGAAACACUAAAGGAGAUUUGUUUUUUCAUAUGCUGCAUCACUGGCGCUGCUGCUGCUGCUGCUGCUGCUCCUGCUGCUGCUGCUGCUGCUGCUGCUGCUGCUGCUGCUGCUGCUGCUAUAUCUUCUGAAACGCGUGCAUUUGCUGCUGCUGCAGUACUAGUAAAACCUGAGGGGCCCCUACCCCGGGGGCCCCCCGGCCUUGACUACAGCCAGAUAGACCUCAAACCGGUGUUGUCUCGGCAUGCGUUGGUAGCAACAGAAGCAGCAGGAGAAUUCGCGCUGCAUUAUGUGGGGGUACGUGAGGUGUAUGUACACCUCGAUCAGCAGCAGCAGCAGCAGCAGCAACAGCAGCAGCAGCAGCAGCAGCAGCAGCAGCAGCAGCAGGGGUCACAUGAGGAGCUCGCUGAGCUGCUGCCUGGGGUCUUGCUGCUGGAUGGGGGCCCCAAAACAACUGCAGCAGAAGCCUUCUCCCUUGCAUGCAUUUCUUCUUUUGCUGCUGCUGCUGCUAGCAGCAGCAGCAGCAGCAGCGUGAAGCAUCGAUUGAUUGCUACUAACUAA